GUUGGAGAAAAAACUAAGUUCAAUCCGCAAACAAUUAAUCGAGGAGUUUAAAAACUUUGGAGACAACGUCGACUACUCCGGUAGCUUUGUUACGGAUAGGGAAUUUAUCUCCGUAGAUGAGUUAGAUAGUUGGGCCGAUGCGAUAGCAAUAACAAUCGGUUUUCAAUUUAUACGUGCUUCUUAUAAAAAGAAAGAAGAACGUUCUAGAGUUAGUGUCUAUUUAAGAUGUCACCGCUAUGGUAAUAUUAGGGGUCAUGUACAUAAUCUAGAUAAUACUACCCGACCUGGUUCUAAAAGUAGAAGUUGCGGGUGUAAAUUUUUGAUUUUAGGAAGUAGUCGUAAACCACCAGAAAGACCUUGGACGUUAAGGGUGUGUCCUGGUGAAAAAGGAAUACAUAACCACCCGUUCUUAGUCUACAGAGAUGGUCAUGUAAGGGCGAAUAGGAUCAAUGUAGAUAUUCGGGAGCACAUACGACAGCUUAGUGCAAUCGAAAUGCAACCGGCCUUUAUUAUGAAUUCUAUUAGAGAUAAUUUUCCUGGUUUUUAUGCUAGUAUGAAUCAGAUAUAUAAUAUUAGGCAAUCAAUAAGGAGAGAAGAGAUGGAGGGUAGGACUCCCCUUCAGCACUGUCUUCAUAUGACCACAGAACUUAAUUACGUGGUCUGGACAGACUUGGAUAUCGAAGGGCAAUUGAGCAGACUAUUAAUUGCAAAUCCUAACUCUAUCCAAAUGAUACAUACGUGGCCGUAUGUUAUGCUGAUAGAUACAACGUACAAAACGAACAAACAAAAGUGGCCACUAUGUGAAGUGAUCGGAAUGACGCCAACCAAUCACAACUUCUUGGUUGCGUUUUGUUUGAUGCGAGAUGAGGCGGCUGUGUCGUAUUCGUGGGUGCUGCAGGGAUUGAGAGAUAUUUUCGGCACUGCUCAGACUCCUAGCGUCAUUGUAACGGAUCGAGACGAAGGUUUAUCUGCAGCUAUUUGUGAUGUCUUCCCAGAUGUGCGGCAUUUGUUAUGCAUUUGGCAUAUUGGCAACGGCGUUGAGAACAUGGUGGACAAGUUUUGCGGCGGCAAGAAAAAUCAACAAGGGCAGGUAUUCAGGAAAAGUAGAUGGAACCCCUUGGUUGAAAGUUCUACAAUCGGGGAAUUUGAACGGGGCAAGCGAUCGUCAGUACGUGGUCGGUUAGGAACAAAAAGGUUGUUCGGUAUUUGGCUGGAACAUGGAUUCCACUUAGAGAGAAAUUUGUGUGUGCGUGCGUGGACGAAUGAUUGUUUCCACUUGGGUAACCAGAUUACCAGCAGAGUUGAAAUCCAACAUUCGUCUUUCAAGUAUUACCUUGGUAGCAGCAAUUGCUCAUUCGAUACCCUGUUCAAAAGGGCACAUGCACAGAUUACAAAUCAGCAAGUCAGGAUCCAACAAGCACUACAGGAAUCCAUGACUUCUGUAGCAAGGUCGAUGCGACAGCAUUUCUUUAGACCUUUAUAUCGCCACGUAUCUAUCUAUGCCUUGGAGCAUCUCCAGCUUGAGUAUAACCGCAUGUUAGAACUGGGUGAUUUUGUAUUUAACAAAUGCGGUUGUGUACUUCAACAAAACCAUGGAUUGCCGUGUGCAUGUUAUUUAGAUAUGUCCAUCGGUUCACAUGGUGUUUUGUAUUUGGAUGACAUUCAUCAAUUCUGGAGUACUUUGAGAUACACAGAGUUAGGAGACGAGACCAACGAAGGAGGGGGUUCAAAUCCGCAAGCUGAGGAGGUAGUCUUGCCACUGACCAUAUUGGGAUGA